GCGGAAGAUAGACAAGCUGGUGAUUGGUCUGGGUCAGAUCGUCCACUUCGUCUUGGAAACGGGUCGUGGUGCAACAUCAACGAUUCGGAACACCAGCCAGAAUGCGGCGAUCGAGUACCGCAUCAAGAGACGCAGUCCAACUCCAAGAGCGACGAUUUGGCACACGAGAAAAUCGCGAC